CGGGCCAGCGGGUCUUCUUGCAGGAAAAAGCGCCAACUUCUCUCGCACCGUCAGAGUAUUUAAACACUCGAGUAAAUGCUUGGAAUAACUGGGUAUUUAGGGGAAAUUUAUCAAACCUAAAAUUGGAAUGACUCGUUUAGCGGAGGGCGCUGUUGCGCUUCAGUAGCCGAGAAACGAAAACAACCCCGGGAGGAAAGAUGUCAGCUCCGCCAGGUGAGAGUGCUGGAGCGGCGCAGGGGAGUCCCGUGAAGAAGAACAGACUCUCUCUGAAGUUUUUCCAGAAGAAGGAAACGAAACGAGCUCUGGAUUUCUCUGAACCGCAGGCAGAGGAGCCCAAAACGGAACCACACGAGCCUGAGGCCAGCAGCUGUGAGCAGGUGGUUUAUGGUCCCUCUCCUUGUCCAACCUCACCUGCUCUUCCUGUCUCCUGUGAGAAGAAGGAGAACUUGGUGCCUUUUGUGGGCCUCAAAAACCUGGGUAACACCUGCUAUUUAAACAGCAUCCUACAGCCACAGUGUCAGCAGUCAGAUGGUGAGCCCAACGCUCUGCCGGCUCCCAUUGAACUUCUUGGGAGUUUUAACAUCCUGAUAACAUCAGUGGAGCAGCUGCAGUCCAACUACCUGCUCAAUCUUAAGAACUUCAGUGAAGGAGAGCUGGCCACGCCGCCUCGCAAAAUACUGAACACGCUCAGACAACUGAACCCCAUGUACGAAGGUCAUCUCCAGCAUGACGCUCAGGAGGUUCUCCAGUGCAUUCUGGGAUACAUCCAGGAGGCCUGUGACACCAUCAGGAAGGAGCAGGACUUAGAAAAGAAGUGUGACAACUUUCGAGAUGUUAAAACAGAAAACAUCGAUGCUGAGACUGAAUCCAAACCUACAGAUGAGGACGGCCAAGUCAGCGUCAAAAGGAAGAGUGACACCGAGGUGGGAAAYGCCAAGAAGAAACCCAAGUCUGCCAAGUCUAAAAAGUCUGACUCUCCAGAGGAAAACUUCUGUAGGAAUGCACCCGUCACUCGCUCUAAGAGAAAGUCCUCCAGCGACGUAACAGCAGAGAGCCCUCGGCAUGAAGUGAAAGUGGAGAAGAAACUGAAUAAGGAGGAAGAGAAUGAAGAAGAGGAGAAAACUGAGAAAGUGUCCAAGGAGAUGGAUAGGAAAAGAAAGAAGAGAGCUAAGCUGGGCUGGCUGAGAUCAUCUGGCAAACAGCCGAGUAUUUUCUCUAAGUUCUGCAGCGUGGGGAAGAUCAGCUCUGUAACUGUGAAGAGUCAGAACAAAGCAGAGCUGGAAAACAAUCUGACAGAUGAACCAAAGGAGAAGACUGGCCAAGAGAUGUCCACUCAAAACUGUGCUAAUGAGGAUAGCACUGAGAAACAUCAAGAAGUCUUGGGCUUGAUGGAAAAGGUGUUCCAGGGCCGACUGGUUCUSAGGACUCGCUGUCUGGAGUGUGAGAGCUUCACAGAGCGGAGAGAGGACUUCCAGGACAUCAGUGUCCCCGUGCUUGAUGACCAGCCCAGCAGUCCAGACGACCUCUCUGAGGUCUCUCCAGACCCCAAGCCGGAGUUGAAGUCUCUGAAGUGGGCCAUCGCUCAGUUCGCCUCAGUGGAGCGCAUCGUCGGAGAGGACAAGUACUUCUGUGAGACGUGCCAUCAUUACGCUGAAGCUGAACGAAGCYUGCUGUUUGACAAAACUCCUGAAGUYAUCACCAUUCACCUGAAGCGCUUCUCUGCCAGCAGCUUAGAGUUGGACCCGUAUGCAGGUCUCUGUAAAGUGAACACCCCCUUACAGACCCCUCUGACCUUGUCCUUGGAGGAGUGGUGCACAAAACCAUCGUCGGAUGAAGGCCAGCGGUAUCAGCUGUUUGCUGUGGUCAUGCACAGCGGCAUCACCAUAAGCAGCGGCCACUACACCACCUACGUCCGCAUGUCUGACCUGAAAGACGUGAAGCUCUGGCCGGAGGACAAAAAAGAACCUCAAGCCGACACAUGUCAGAGAGAAAGUAAAGAGGGAACGCAGAAAGACACAAGUCAGGACUACGACGACGGAGAAGUGUUUUUCAGCCUGAAUGCAAGAGGACAAAGGCGUGCAAGUUUGGCUAACGCUAAAUCGGGAAGCAAAAAGCUCUCCGAGGGUGGMGUCGGACUCCUGGGAGGACAGAGGAGCACGUCCAGUUGCAAGAUGGCAAACAGCAACAGCAAACAAGCCGAAACCACAAUUAAUCUGGUAUUACACGACUUUACAAUAACUCAGUAAAUGUUAUUUUUAAAUGUAUCAUUUUAAGUGGUUUUUAAACUAAUUUGUCCUCAUAGUUGAUUUGUUACAAGCCAUAACUUUGUACUAUAUAUAGCCUAAACAAAUACCUGGGAUUUUCAAAGGUUUUGGUAUUUUAGCU